CUACCAAUGAAAAAAGAGAGGAAGUGCAAAGUCCGAAGACUGUAAAACACUUCAACUCUGUUAACAAAUAUUGAAGGGAAAGGUGUUAUUUUGAGGCUUAAACACAAUUUAUUGAUGAAAAAUUGUCGAAUAUUGGUGUUUCAAUCAAAAUCCAUGUUCCAAUUGAAAUCCGUUGAUUUGUAUCUUAUUUUGAAACGAUAAUAUAUCCUUUAACAAAUAUGACAAGUUUAGAGAAAAAAAUAUUUUGAUGGGAAAGCUGCUAUUUUGAGGCUGAAACACUUUUGAUGAAAAAUUGUCUAAAAUUGAAAAUUUCAUGUUCACAGGCCAGGUAAAUUUGGAGGCGGUGCUUCUUUUCUCGGUCUUUAAAAUCCAUAUUUCAAUCAUCUUCACAAGUCAAAGGUCAAAAACAUUAACCAUCGCGUUUGUCAAGUACAAAGCUAAUAAUUUUAAAGCAUUUUAAAAAUAAGUUUCAUGUGCUACAAACAAUGAUCUAAAGUAAUUUCAAAAUGCUGUCGGACGAACAUUUUGCAUUAAUAUGAUACCUUUGAAUAAUCAGAAUGAACAAUUUAAAACACUCGAAUGCAGAAUUUGAGAAACGUUAUAGACCAAAAUAUCGUAGUGUCGAAACAUCUUGGUGCUGAAACAUGUUGGUGCCGAAACGUUCAGAGUUGUUUCGUCAUGGCGGAUGAGCCAGAUUUGAAGAAAAGAAAGUCAGAACUUGUGCCAGUUGCGGGGAAUUCUGAUGUGUUUUCCUCGUUUGCAGACUUUGAAUUUUGUAACCUUCUGAAAAAUGACAUGGGGAGUAAAACAGCGUUUGUUCAUUCCAAGUUCAGAGGAAAAGAUGCCGUCAUUUUGAUGGAAAAAACUGCGUUCGAUCCGGAGAGUUUGCCGAAGUUGCUAACUGAGAAAACGGAGUUGAUGGAAACAUUGAAGAAUGACAUAUACAGUACCUACAAGACGUAUCCAGAGAAAGAAUUGAAUGGUUUCAAAACAACAUUGAUAUAUCCAGCAACAAGUCACCAUAUCAUGAAAUAUUCCGAGCAGGAUUUCCAUUUGGUGCACGAGUCAAUGGAAGACUACAAUCAGAUCACCUUGCCAUAUAUAAAAAGCAAAUCCCUAAGGCAUCAGUGGGUGUAUAAUAUAUUGAACAAAGAAACUGAGGCAGACCGUAUUAUCUAUGAAGAUGCUGAUCCAGACACGGGAUUUGUUCUGUUACCAGAUAUGAAAUGGGAUAGACAAGACGUAACUGCAUUGUAUCUACAGGCCAUCAUUCACAGGCAUGAUAUCAAGUCUAUACGUGAUUUGAAUCAAAGUCAUCUACCUCUUCUGAAAAAUAUUUUGGAGAGAGGAAAAGCUGCUAUUAAAGAGAAGUUUGGAGUUCCUGCAGACAAACUCCGGAUAUAUCUUCAUUAUCAACCAUCGUACUACCAUCUUCAUGUGCAUUUCACCCACAUUAAGCUGAACAGUCCUGGAUUUGAAGCUGAUCGAGCACAUUUAUUGACAGAUGUUGUAGAAAAUAUUGAGAUGAAACCGCUCUACUACAAAGAAAAAACUCUUGCAUUCAAAGUCAGAGAUGAUGAUGAUUUAUACAAAGCUUUCUUAAAUCAUGGAUGUAUUAAGAAAUAAAAGAAUAGAAAUGAAGGUGAUUCCACCCUUCAAGAA